AUGCCUUCUUUGAUAAGGCCUCGCUUGCCUGUACCGGGGUCUCCAAUCAAGAAGCAACGUGUGUCUUCCGAUGAUGAUACCUUGUUUCCAUACCCUACUCUUCCAGACGACUGUGUCAACAAAGAUGAUGCAACAGACUUUAUCGAGUGGGGCAACAACAAAGUUGCAGAAAAUCGUUCCUUGAUCGAACCGAAGGUGACUGAGUCCAAUCUACGACUGUUUCGAACAUACCAUCCUUCUCUUGGCCAGUUUGGCACGGUACUUCUGGUCGAAGAAUUUGAACAAACGUGGAUUUGGGUAGCCUCGCCGGGUCUUAGCACCACCAGGUCGAUUAGCACGCAUGCCGGGGGUCUUGAAAUUCAUCCGAAACCAGCUGGAUUCAUUGAGCGAACAACUACGAUGUGGCCAAAGUACCGACCGGACCCUAUCAGUAUACUGACACCCCGAAGAUUUCUUUCCCGAAAACAACUUCAUCGGCUACGAGAAAUGUUCCCUACUUCUCUUGGCGCCAGAGUUUUGAUAAGUGGAUUUAUCGUGAUUCUUUUCAAGAGUCGUGCCAACAUUGAGAAUUUCUGGCAACACGAUGGGCUCGCAGGUACAUUUGGCGCUUUAAGAAUAACCUAUGAAUUACUUGAAGACAUGCCGACACAAAAGAUAGUUUCCAAAGGCGCAGCAAUUACCGCAACGCCAGACUGCUUCGAUGGUUACGCUGCGCUGGGAUUGAAGAUUCAUUUUCCGGGAGGUCAAGAGGCGAUUACGGCCCCCACGCAUGCAUUUGCCGCUCUCCGGGGAAUACGCUCAGCUUCGUUCCUUCGAAUUGCAGAUUGCUACAUGAACCGGUGA